GAGGAAGGCAGCGAUUGGAGGCGCAGGGGGUGACGUAAGCUUCCGCUGUGGGUGGGUUUCCGCUCGGGCAGCCGUCGGGAGGGGCUCGGGGAACACUUAGCGGGGCUCCCCGGUCCCUGAGCCCUGGGAGCUGCGAUGAGGUCGGUUAGCUACGUACAGCGCGUGGCCCUGGAGUUCAGCGGAAGCCUCUUCCCACACGCCAUCUGCCUCGGAGACGUCGAUAACGACACGUUAAAUGAACUGGUGGUGGGAGACACCAGUGGAAAGCUGUCCGUGUAUAAGAACGAUGACAGCCGGCCGUGGCUCACCUGCUCCUGCCAGGGAAUGCUCACGUGCGUCGGGGUUGGAGAUGUGUGUAAUAAAGGAAAGAACCUGGUGGUGGCCGUGAGUGCCGAGGGCUGGUUUCACUUGUGUGACCUUACGCCCUCUAAGGCCCUGGAUGCUUCUGGGCACCACGAGACCCUCGGCGGGGAGGAGCAGCGCCCAGUCUUCAAGCAGCACAUCCCCGCCAACACCAAGGUCAUGCUGAUCAGCGACAUCGAUGGCGAUGGCUGUUGCGAGCUGGUGGUGGGUUACACAGACCGCGUAGUCCGGGCUUUCCGCUGGGAGGACCUGGGCGAUGGCACCGAGCAUCUGACAGGGCAGCUGGUGUCUCUCAAGAAGUGGAUGCUGGAGGGUCAGGUGGACAGUCUCUCGGUGACUCCAGGGCCCCUGGGUCUUCCUGAGCUAAUGGUAUCUCAGCCAGGCUGUGCUUACGCGAUUCUGCUGUGUACCUGGAACACAGACCCUGGGCCGCCUCCCACCUCUGAGGGGCCCGAGGAGGGCACUAGGGAGACCCCCGCUGCCCGAGACGUUGUGCUGCACCAGACGUCUGGCCGCAUCCACAACAAGAACGUCUCCACUCACCUCAUCGGCAACAUCAAGCGAGGCCGCAGCCCCAAGAGUGGCGCCUCGGGCCUCUUUGCCCUCUGCACCCUGGAUGGGACACUGAAGCUCACGGAGGAGGCGGACAAGCUGCUGUGGUCGGUGCAGGUGGACCACCAGCUCUUCGCUCUCGAGAAACUGGACGUCACGGGCAACGGGCACGAGGAGGUGGUCGCCUGUGCCUGGGAUGGACAGACGUACAUCAUUGAUCACAACCGCACCGUCGUGCGCUUCCAGGUGGACGAGAACGUCCGCGCCUUCUGUGCAGGCCUGUACGCCUGCAAAGGGGGCUGCAACAGCCCCUGCCUCGUGUACGUCACCUUCAAUCAGAAGAUCUACGUGUACUGGGAGGUGCAGCUGGAGCGGAUGGAGUCCACCAACCUGCUCAAAGUGCUAGAGGCUGAGCCGGAGUUCUGGGGGCUGCUACGGGAGCUGGGGGUGGACCCUGACGACCUCCCCGCCGCCCGGGCCCUGCUUCAUCAAACCCUCUACCAUCCGGAUGGGCCACCACAGUGUGCCUCCCCAGGCCUCCGGGAUCCCUCCUAG